ACAUCACGAAGCUACAGUGUAGCAUUUAUCUCUCAGCGGAUAUUUCGAGCAGUCGUGCGCGAGAAUUCCAAGCGGUCAGAUCGCUUUGACUCGGCAGAAUAAUCGCACUGCACAUAUCGCAUUGGCUUAUAACCUGAGGGCGUCUCGUAUAAUUGUGAGCAUUGACAUUAACACAACUUUCAUUCCACAACACUGAUAUUUGACUUUAAUCCGGAGUGAAAAGAACAAUCGAGUAUCCCGAUUAAGCUAUGGAGUACUGGACGAUAAUUUUAUCGAUAUUAAUCGGUAUACUUGUCAUUUAUUAUUAUUCCUCAUCUGGUAAACGGUCGAACGACUUUCAGCAGCAUGGAAUUCCAUAUCAAAAGCCGCCGAUCGUAAAAAUUCUUUGGCAGCUUUUCGUACAUCCAAAGAGUUUUGCAGCGGCAAUUCAAGAACUAUACAAUUUUUAUCCCGACGCUAAGUAUACCGGUCUCUUUAAUUUCUCGCAAUUGGUUGUCGUGAUGCGUGACCUCGAAUUAAUCAAAUCUAUCGGCAUCAAAAAUUUUGAUUCGUUUCAAGAUCACAUAUUUUUCAGCAGCAGUAAAGAUCCGCUUUUCAUGAAAAAUCUGAUUGCACUUCGCGGAGAUCAGUGGCGAGACAUUAGGACGCUUCUGAGUCCUUCUUUCACGUCUAGCAAAAUGAGAGCUAUGUUUCAAUUGAUGUCUGAGUGCGCCGUGAACUUUUCAGAGUAUCUAGUUAAAGCGCCGACUGACAAACGGAUUGUAGAAAUGAGGGACAUCUUCACGAGAUACACUACCGACGUGAUCGCCACGUGUGCCUUUGGCAUUAGCGUGGAUUCGAUGAGAGACCCGGACAACGAUUUCUAUAUGUUUGGCGCAAAAACGAUGAAUUUUAACACGAUCGCUCUUAUAAAAAUUUUGCUGUCCCAACACAUGCCGUGGCUCACGCGUUUGUUAAAUCUUAAAAUGAUAAACGAACGUACCAAUGCAUUCUUCAUAAAUUUAAUAGCUGAUACUAUAAAGACCAGAGACGAGAGAAAUAUUAUUCGGCCGGAUAUGCUCCAGCUGAUGAUGGAUAGCAGAGGGAAAAGAGAACCUGGGAAGGAACUCACCAUUGUGGACAUGACAUCGCAGGCGUUCAUCUUUUUCCUCGGUGGCUUCGACAGUACCUCGACCUUGAUGAGUUUUUCAGCAUACGAAAUUGCCGUCAAUCCACACAUCCAGAAGAAAUUGCAAAAUGAAAUCGAUAAGAUUCUGAAAGAUACAAACGGUCAGCCAUCCUAUGAGGCAAUCAAUGGGAUGGUGUAUCUAAAUGCUACGAUUAACGAGACUCUCAGAAUGCAUCCGGCGCAAGCGAUGACGGAUAGGCUGUGCACGAAAGAUUUUGAAUUGCCGCCCACGUUGCCAGGUGCGAAACCAUAUAUUGUGAAAGCGGGAACAGUAAUCUGGAUCCUUUUUUACGGACUUCAGCAUGAUCCCAAAUACUUUCCGGAACCGGAAAAAUUCAGGCCUGAGAGAUUCCUGGCUGAAAACAGAGAGAACGAGUGCAAUCUCAAUGCUUAUUAUCCAUUCGGAUUAGGCCCGAGAAUGUGCAUUGGCAACAGAUUCGCCUUGCUGGAGACGAAGGUUAUGUUGUUUCAUCUGCUGGCUCGUUGUGACCUAAAGCCGUGUAAAAAAACUUCGAUACCGUUAAAAUUAAAAAAGGGUGGAUUCUCGAUGGGGGCCGAAGGCGGUUUCUGGUUGAGCGUUGUGCCGAGAGAGAAUCGGUAUUCUACAUAAAUUAAGCGCUCCAUCUGUAAGAUAAUCAUUCUUACUGAUACAUAAAUAUUAAAAAUCUACGAAAAUAGCCACGGGUAUAUUUUAUAUCAUAGCAAUAAAUAAUGUAUUAUAUACGUACAAAAUUAUAAGGAUGUAAAAAUAAUAGAGAAAUGUAAUAGAAAUGAAAGGUAACGAGAUUACACGGCAUUAUAAUUUUGCAAAUCAUUGUAAUGUCGCAGUAGUUUCAAUUAUACAAAAAUUUUUUAUUCGCUCUAUCAUUAAUUAUUAAUGUAUUCAAGAUUAAUGGAAUAGCCACUCUAACAAGCAAUUGUCAACUUUCUAUUAUAGAAUAACUGUUGCUCGAGGUAAAUUAUGUUAAAUAUUAACAAUGUGCAAAAAGCACAAAUAUGUUUAAAAAUAUGAAAGCUAAUACAUAAAGUCAAUCCAAUAUAUUUUAUCUUAAUUUUAUCAAAUUGAUAACACGUUGAAGAUACUAUUAAAUUGUCGAGAAGUUGUUGCUAACUUCUAUUACGUAAGCAAUAAUAUCACGUGACCAUACAUAUAAGAAGGAUCAAUCCGAUGCAGCAGCAGUCGUUCGUCGAAUCUCGACGCGUAAAGUUGUCUUCGUGCACCAUCUUUGCUAUUAAUUG